AAAAAGCCAACCCCAACCCCUCUCUCCCCUAUUCUCGGCCAGCACCAAUCCCAACAAGGGAAGAAAAGAUCUCCAUCCUCCUCUCCCCAUCCUUGAAGAGAGCUCAAACAAUAGAGGUCCAAGAGGGAAGAUUUAAGAGAGAAAAAGCUAGGAAAAGUGAGAAAGAUUAAGGAGCUUGAUUAAAGUACUUUGGAGCUUCGCCGGAGUUUCGCCGGAGUUGGUCAAAGUUGGCCGGAGUUGGUCAAAGUUCACCGGAAAUAGUCAAAGUUCAACCGCGGAGCGUAGAACACGCUUAAGCUCACUUAAGUUUCAGGUAGAACUUGAAGGGUGCUACCAUCACCGUUGCUUCGGGCGGAUUAUCAAGGAGAGGAGACGUGAAAUGGAACGCACCGGUAAAGUCACCCGACGAAACCCGACUGGCCAGGCGCCGGGAAGGUCCCAACAUGGCAGUCGAGGGGCAUCAAGGGUGUCUCAAGGGCAGGGCCGUGCAGGCCACUCGCUGACCGUUAGUGACGGUCAUGUCGAAACAAUUGACGAGCAUUAUGAGUCCGAGGAGGAUUCAACGUACCGACCGGGAAUGGAGCCGGUUGAAACCCCAUAUGAUGGGGAAGAUGAUGACAUUAGUGAGGGGAGCGACGAUAAUGACGCCCUCGAGCGGAUUGAGGAAUUGCUUCGGCAAUACCAACAAGAUCGCCAAAGGCGCCGGACAAGGCGUGCUUCGGGAGGGGCUUCGAGAAGAGGGAGCCGUGUUAGCUCUAGGGAACAUGAGGAGUCCCGAGGAGGAAGAGGUACCGAGGUUCCCAUCAUAAGAAUCUCGAAAUACCUCAAAGAGGCGAGAGAGUUGGGAUGCAAACCAUUCGAUGGAAUGGGAGACAUCUCCGUGGCAGCCGAAUGGAUCAAAAGAUUCAAUGAAGCGGCCCUUGAUAUGCAGCUGCCACCCCAUAUGAAGAUGAGAGUGGCAACAAGAUUGCUAGAAGGAAUGGCGUCCACAUGGUGGGACGGUGUCAAGGGGAAGUAUGGUGAGGCGGUCACUUGGGAGAACUUCAGGCAAGAAUUCUUUAGCCAAUACUACUCCGACUUCGAGGUGAACUUGAAGAGGAGGGAGUAUACGAAUUUGACCCAAGGAGGGGAAUGCACGGUGAAGGAACUUGAGCACAAAUUCAGAAAGCUUGCCGAGUUCAUACCGGAGUACAUUUGUGAUGAAAAUCGGAUGGUGAACCAUUUCUGGGAUGCCUUGGACCUUGACAUACGUGAGAGGGCAACACAAUUGCCUAAUAUGACAUUUAGUCAAGUCGUGGAACAAGGGUUGAAAGGAGAGAAGGAGUGGGAAGAGAGGAAGCGAAGAAAUGCCGAGGAGGCAAAGAAAAGAAAAUGGGAGAACCAUGGCCCCCAGGGUUCAAACAAGAAGGGGAAUCACGGGGGAGGAGGAUCCUUCAGGGCACCCGCACCACCAUCAAGGGGGAAUCCCAACAUGAGUGGGCAGAACUCGAGAUCACAAGCCCCGACGAAGCCUAAGUGCAGGAAUUGCAAGAGAAAUCACGAGGGCAAAUGUCGUGAUCCCCCACGGUGCUACCAAUGCGGAGAUACGGGGCACAUAAAGCCCAAUUGCCCUCAACUCGGUGGGAACCGGUCAUCAGGGCCAAGCAGUGCAACCAUGGUGAGUAGAAACCGGGGUGGGGCACCCAAUGCAAGCACGAACCACGGCGGGGCAAGUACAAGUAACGCACCCUCCGUGAACCAAGGAAGG